UCUCGACGCAGAUUAGGGCCAGGCCCUCUGGGACAAUUUUCUGUCGGCCAUGGAGACGGAAGGAGACGAAGGAGGCUUAAAUUCUCACGAUACAAAUAAUACAACACGAGAAUCCCAGCCCAAAGGAGGAAGUGGACAUGCAACCAGGGAGUCAAAAAAUGAAACACAUGCUAAUUCGUCUCCUACAGAUAAUUUUAAUGAAAAUGCGAAUAUAAAUGUACAACCGGUUUUGACGAGGAGCAAUUCCACUAUGGAGCCGUACAACGACAGCCAAUACAACGCGUCUCUUCUGGAAAAUAUUUUUGAAAAUGCAAAUAGAGACGUGCCACAAUUGAAAUCGGAUUCGAGCAAGGAGUCAAAUGACGACCAAACUAGUACUUCACCUCCCUCAGAAAAUAGCAGAUCAGAAGUGAGUAAUGACUGGGCCAGGAACCGUUCAAUUUUGGAGAGAUUUUUAAAUCCACCUAGCAAAGGCUAUGUUGAGGAACCGCAGCCGAUUGUUAUAAUCAAAUCAAAUUAUAAACGACAGGGUUACUCAGCUCAACAUUCACCAAUUAAAAUACCAGAAGCAAAGAAGAACUUUGGUUUCAACCGAAAUCCUUUUUUAAGAUACAAUAACAAAUAUUUUAACUCACCUCCUCUUGAAGAUAGAAUACCAGUCGGUCGUUAUCAGAGGACAUCGAUCCCGGAAGGCCCUCCAGGCUACGUUCCAUGCGUGAUGCCGAAAAUGCCUCCACCGUCUUAUGGUGCUGUGUCUUCAGGGGAGAAUGAAGUCAGACCUGGGAUGUGUCCAGCAUGUAAAAUUGGGUUGUUAAAAGAGGAGUACUCAUACGCAACGCUUUUCUGCUUCUGCUGUUACCCAUUUUCUUGUGGGAGGUACAAAAAAUGCGAAAACUGUGGUGCGUACUUUCAGUAAAUUUUCCUCCCAAAUGUUAAAUAAUAUAUUGUUGUUGUUAUCAAUUUGUUUUGUUGCUACUAAUGUUAUUAAUAUUUGUUAUUGUUACUAUUUUAUUAGGCUUUUUAUAUUUAAGAGACAUUCUUCUAGAAUGUAUUAUAUUAGCAAGUAUGGCUGCAAGGUAAUGAUUAUUAUAUAAUAAUCCUUUCCAGGCAAGCCUCAGUUCAUUGAUCUCAUCUUAUAUCAUAUUUUAAAAAAAGUUAUUGAUCAAUUUAAAAAAAAAUCAUGUAUAUAAUUAAGAAUUGUUAAUUUUGAUUUAGGAUAUAAAUUGUGUAUUUUACAAUAGAUUAACUUAUUUAUAAACCCAUCUUAAGCGAAGGCAAGUCUUUCAUGUAUUUUAUUAUUUAAAAAAAAAAGUGAAUACGAUUAUAAAAUUA